UACAUAGGAAGCUCUCUAUGAACCCACCUUCAUGGAACAAACAUUAGUAACAUUAUAUAUCUAUACAAGACAAGAGCUAACCAAGUUCACUUGUACUAGUAGUGCUAGUACCAACACUAAGUUUAUUAAAUCACAUAUGGAUCACUCUCCUGAGAAUGAUGACAAUGUUGAUGACUCUAAUUUCGAUCAAUUUUCCGAGUUUUUGAUGUUUGAUGAGUGGCCUGAUGAAUUUCAUCAUGACCACCCCGCGAUAUCUCAGUCUCAGUCUCAAUCUCAGCCUACGUUGAAUAAUCCUGUUACUUAUGCCACCGACGAAAUCGGUGGAAGUAGCAGCCACCUUGGUGGACACAACACUGGAGAGAAUGUGCAAAGUGGACAGGAAAGAAGGGAAGUUAGAGAAAGAGUUGCUUUUAAGAUAAAAUCAGAAAUUGAAAUAUUAGAUGAUGGGUUCAAAUGGAGAAAGUAUGGGAAGAAGAUGGUCAAGAACAGCCCAAAUCCAAGAAACUAUUACAGGUGUUCAGUUGAUGGGUGUCCUGUAAAGAAGAGAGUGGAAAGAGACAGAGAAGAUCCUAUGUAUGUUAUAACAACCUAUGAGGGAGUCCAUAACCACCAAAGUUCUUUUUAGUUACUUUACUUAUGGUAACUUUUGGGAACUAAUGAAAGUGGAAGAUUCAAACUUGGUAACAAGAUAGUUUAGUUUUGUAACCAAUCUCUUAUUCCUCUUCCCUUGUUUUAUGGGCUGUUGUUGUUGUAGUUGUAUCAGUUGACUACAAGGUUGACCAAGAUGCAUUCCUCUGCUUUUUUGGUACAAGCAAAGCAUAUUAGAGUUUCUUAUACUUACCAGAUUUGUGGAGCUUUGAAAUCUAUGCACUCAUUAUUAUGGGGAUGGGUUGCAAAUACUUUUAAUAUUUCCUAAUAGUUUCUAAGAAACUACCACCAUUGGGUUCUAUGUUUCUACUUUUUUGACAAUAACUAAGGAAAGAAAAUAUCUUUAUUCCAA